AUGAACCAAUUCGCUAACGAUGAAGGCGCUUCAUUUUCGUUAGCCACUUCCGUUGUCGAUCGUCAAAUGUACGUCGACGAUUUUAUCUUCAGUGCCGAUGACAAGGUUCUCGCUCGUCAAACUUGCGAGCAGGUUGUUUCUCUUCUCAAAAGAGGUAGAUUCACGUUACGAAAAUGGGCAAGCAACCUGUCCGAACUCCUUGACGAUAUCGAAGCUACUGACCACGGUCUCGCUCAAAGCCGAGACUUACGUGAAGAUAAAAGUCUAAAAAUUCUCGGUCUCUCCUGGAAACCAGAUCGCGACAUCUUCCAAUUUGCCGUUACUAUUCCCGGUCCUCCUGGCGAUACCAAAAGAAGAAUUUUAUCAGACAUCGCCAAAUUUUUUGACCCACUCGGAUGGGCAACUCCAGUAAUUAUUCGCGCAAAAAUUUUGAUGCAACGACUUUGGAUAGCCAAAUGUGAUUGGGACGAAGUCGCUCCGCCGAAUCUACUUGAAGCCUGGCGGCAGUAUCACUCUCAUCUUCUACAACAAGAAGAGGUGACGAUUCCACGCUGGACUCAACUCGGUCAUCACGUACUGCAUCUAGAAUUGCAUGGCUUCUCGGAUGCAUCGACGAAAGCAUACGCUGCUGCGGUGUACAUUCGCGUUGUAACAGUGGAUGGACUGAUCUCGGCCCAUCUGCUUGCCGUAAAAUCAAAAGUCGCUCCCGUCAAGACAAUGAGCGUUCCGCGACUAGAGUUAUCUGCAGCUCAGUUACUCGCGCGACUCAUUUAUUUUAUUCGCGAAUCUCUCGAUUUCCGUGGGAUCAACGUUUAUUGUUGGACCGAUUCAACCAUCACCCUUGCUUGGUUGAGCCCACCUUCCACAACAUGGAAGACAUUUAUCGCAAAUAGAGUAACCGAAAUUUACACGCUACUCCCGGAAACUCCAUGGCGUCAUAUCCCAACGAAAGAAAAUCCUGCCGACUGCGCGUCGCGCUGGAUCUCUCCAAAUGACCUUGCUACAAAUCUUCAAUGGUGA